AAAACCACGACCCCUUAAAAAUUUAAAAUUAUCUAAAUAAUAAUAGUAGUUAGGGCUCUCUCCUGAACCGAUGCUUCCUGCCUCCAUUUGCCAAAAAUAAGAAAGAGUGCACAAGUUUUAAGUUUUGGAAGAUUUUUGCUUAACUUAGAACUUAGAGUGAGUGAGGAGUGAAAUUAAGCUAGAAAAUAUAAAUGGAGGAUACACUAACACCUGCUAAGAGAAAAGAGCUUGAGAAGGAGGAGGAAGUGCAAGAGGAAGAGAAAGCAGAGAUUGCUGGUACACCACAGAAGCAAGAUUCUGCUUUGAAAAAGAGGAUUUUGACACGGACUUGUGUUCAUGAAGUUGCAGUCCCACACGGGUAUGAGUCGAAUAAAGAUGAAACCUUUCACGGGACUUUGUCGAAUCCAUUGUAUAAUGGGGAGAUGGCAAAAAGUUAUGCAUUUGAACUCGACCCUUUUCAGAAGGUGUCUGUAGCUUGUUUGGAAAGGAAUGAGAGUGUUUUAGUCUCUGCUCACACGUCUGCAGGGAAAACUGCUGUUGCUGAGUAUGCGAUUGCAAUGGCUUUCAGAGAAAAGCAAAGGGUUAUUUAUACUUCUCCGCUGAAAGCCUUGAGUAAUCAGAAGUAUAGGGAGUUGCAACAGGAGUUUCAAGAUGUUGGGUUGAUGACUGGAGAUGUUACCCUGUCACCAAAUGCUAGUUGUUUGGUUAUGACUACAGAGAUUCUUAGGGGGAUGCUUUAUAGGGGUUCAGAGAUUUUGAAGGAAGUUGCUUGGAUUAUUUUUGAUGAGAUUCACUAUAUGAAGGAUCGUGAAAGAGGGGUUGUUUGGGAAGAGAGUAUUAUUUUUAUGCCGCAAGUGAUUAAAAUGGUUUUUCUUUCUGCGACUAUGUCGAAUGCCACCGAGUUUGCGGAAUGGAUUUGUCAUUUGCAUAAGCAGCCUUGCCAUGUGGUUUACACAGAUUUUCGACCAACUCCUUUGCAGCAUUAUGUUUUUCCUGUGGGUGGUGCUGGGUUGUAUCUUGUGGUUGAUGAGAGUGAGCAGUUUAGGGAGGACAAUUUUAUGAAGCUGCAGGAUACUUUCUCUAAGCAGAAAGCUGGUGAGGGGAACAAGAGUGCAAAUGCUAAAGCUAGUGGAAGGAUUUCAAAGGGUGGGAAUGCUUCAGGGGGUUCUGACAUAUACAAAAUUGUCAAGAUGAUUAUGGAACGGAAGUUUCAACCAGUUAUAGUUUUUAGCUUCAGUAGGAGAGAGGUUGAACAACAUGCCAUGUCUAUGUCUAAGCUUGAUUUUAAUACACAAGAGGAAAAGGAUAUCGUGGAGCAGGUUUUUAACAACGCAAUACUCUGCUUGAAUGAGGAAGACAGGAAUUUGCCUGCUAUUGAGUUAAUGCUGCCUCUACUUAAGCGAGGCAUUGCUGUUCAUCAUUCCGGUCUUCUCCCUGUAAUCAAGGAACUAGUAGAGCUUCUUUUCCAGGAAGGCCUUGUGAAGGCUCUGUUUGCCACAGAGACAUUUGCGAUGGGUUUAAACAUGCCUGCAAAGACUGUUGUUUUCACAGCUGUUAAGAAGUGGGAUGGCGAUAGUCAUCGAUACAUUGGAUCUGGUGAGUAUAUCCAGAUGAGUGGAAGGGCUGGACGACGUGGUAAAGAUGAGCGGGGUAUUUGUAUCAUAAUGAUUGAUGAACGGAUGGAGAUGAAUACACUCAAAGACAUGGUUUUGGGCAAACCGGCUCCUCUUGUUAGUACUUUCAGACUGAGCUACUAUUCGAUAUUAAAUCUAAUGAGCCGUGCUGAAGGCCAGUUCACUGCUGAACACGUGAUAAGAAAUUCAUUUCAUCAAUUCCAGUACGAAAAGGCUUUACCAGACAUAGGGGAAAAGGUUUCAAAACUGGAAGAGGAAGCUGCUGUUCUCGAUGCAUCAGGAGAGGCUGAAGUUGCUGGGUAUCAUAAUCUAAAACUUGAGAUGGCCCAGCUUGAGAAGAAGAUGAUGAAGGAAAUAACAAGGCCUGAAAGAAUUCUUUAUUAUCUAUGCACUGGUCGGUUGAUCAAGGUAAGAGAAGGAGGAACUGAUUGGGGUUGGGGAGUUGUAGUGAAUGUUGUUAAAAAGCCCACUGCAGGAUUGGGAACAUUGCCAUCAAAAGGUGCUGGUUAUAUAGUAGAUACUCUACUUCAUUGCUCUCCUGGACCAAGUGAGAGUGGCUCCCGGCCAAGACCAUGUCCACCUCGGCCUGGAGAAAAGGGUGAGAUGCAUGUGGUUCCUGUUCAGUUGCCCCUGAUCUGUGCUCUAAGCAAAGUGAGGAUAUCCAUUCCUGCUGACCUUCGGCCAUUGGAAGCAAGGCAAAGUAUACUUCUAGCAGUGCAGGAGUUAGGGAAUCGGUUUCCAGAAGGCCUUCCAAAGCUUAACCCUGUAAAGGACAUGAAAAUUGAGGAUCCUGAAAUUGUUGAGUUGGUUAACCAAAUUGAGGAAUUGGAACAGAAGUUACAUGCGCAUCCACUGAACAAGUCUCAAGAUAUAAACCAGAUGAAAAGUUUUCAUAGGAAAGCUGAGGUGAAUCAUGAAAUUCAACAACUUAAGUCGAAAAUGCGUGAUUCUCAGCUUCAAAAAUUCCGUGAAGAACUUAAGAACCGUUCACGGGUCUUGAAAAGGCUUGGUCAUAUAGAUGCUGAUGGUGUAGUCCAGGUGAAGGGCAGGGCAGCCUGCUUGAUAGACACAGGAGAUGAACUACUUGUUACAGAACUGAUGUUCAAUGGUACCUUCAAUGAUCUUGAUCAUCACCAAGUUGCUGCUCUUGCAAGUUGCUUCAUUCCUGUAGAUAAGUCAAGUGAGCAAAUACAUUUGAGAACUGAACUUGCUAAACCAUUGCAACAACUCCAAGAGAGCGCAAGAAAAAUAGCAGAGAUACAAUAUGAAUGCAAAUUGGACAUAAAUGUCGAUGAAUAUGUGGAAUCAACAGUCAGACCGUUCUUGGUGGAUGUGGUUUACUGUUGGUCAAAGGGAGCUAGUUUUUCUGAGGUCAUACAGAUGACUGAUAUCUUUGAGGGUAGCAUUAUCAGAAGUGCUAGAAGAUUAGAUGAGUUUCUGAAUCAGUUGCGUGCUGCUGCUCAAGCUGUGGGUGAAGUCAGUUUAGAAAGCAAAUUUGCAGCUGCCAGCGAAAGCCUUCGGCGAGGUAUCAUGUUUGCAAAUUCUCUUUACCUUUAAGCUGUCUUUUUGCAGGCUUUUGUAUGCGUGUGGGUCAAGCACCCAUGGGCACAAUAGCUCAUCUCAUGCAACAUUGUUUCCAUGGUGGCCACUUGAGAUUUGCUAUAACUGACAACUAUAGGUUCCAUCUCCUUUCCUCCUCAUGUUGCUUCUAGUUUUUUUUCAAUGGCACUGUUGCUGUUGAUAUAGUUCAUUUGACAGUUGAUUUUCUUUGUAAACACAAAGUUGGAAACAUGGGAAAUGAAAGGUAUACCCAUGUAAGGCCUAACAGCAAUGUCAUUAAUUUCUCUAGAUUUAACUUGACAGACAUCAGAAGCUUUGUAGGUGUUACUUUUACUAGUCAAUCCAUGUAAUGCAGAGCUGCAAUGUUUGAAGCAUUCAAUUUUCUAUGAAAGAAAACAAAAAGUUGCUUGUUU